AUGACACAUCCCGUAAUUGAAUUAUUGGAAUCGGAAGUACUAAGUCCUGAAAGUUCUGCGAAGAAGAAAGAUCAACCUUAUUUUUUCGAGCUGGAGAAUGAUACUGAAUGGGCUUCUGGUAUAUUCUGUCAAGCGGGUUUGGAUGAAAUCUCCAGGGGUUUAGACAAAACGAUUGAAACUUUUAUUGACGAACUCGUUUCACUUACGGAAAGUACGUCACCCAUAGAGCUAGUUGUUCAAAGUGAGAGGGAAGCAUCACUUGCAAGGGAAAUUGAUGAAAACUUCACUCACGCUAAAGCUGUCAAUGAUCUGUGGAUCUUGAGAUCUGGAGUUCAGGAAGUUGAUGUUUUAGUUGAAUUGGGAGAAUUAGCUCAAGCAUUGUCAUCACUUGAUACUUUGAGGUCAAGGCUAGACGUAUUUGGAAAAACAUAUCCAGGGAGUAUUUUGGAAAUAGAUAUCAAGAGUCAUAUCGAGAGCAUUGCGAAGACAAUUAAAGACCGUCUUGAGAAUGGUUGGACCAAUGCAAUAGUUUUCGGUACCGAUGAUAAAUCAAAUUCUCUUACUGUGAAACAGACAAUCCAAGAUGAUCUGACUCUGCAAUCGGUAUAUGAAGCACUCCAGGUUCUAGAUACAAAGGAUAAGGUUGGUUUGAAGAGUAAUCGAGUGGAUUAUUUGUUACGUACGAUUGAGCGUAAUAUAAUUGACCCUAUUUUGAGCCUAAAAGUCAGCUCCGCAAAUGUCAUUGAAGAUAAGCUAGAGUUAGCUCUUGAGAAUUCCGACAAAAAACCUGAUGUCAAUGCUAUCUUGGAAGCACUGACUACCGCUGUUAAAUUUCUUCAAGAUUCAUUCGACCCUCCAUUACUCUCCGUUGUCAUUGCGAAAAGAUUUGCAUCAAUCAUCAUAAGAAAAUUAACGAGUAGCACGCUCCCUGGAUUAUUUCCCGAAACGUCUAAGGGUUUAUCUCUGUUCAAAAAACAAUUAGGCAUUGUAAUAGAUUUCGAGACAUUUCUGAAUCAAAUCAAAUGGAUUAGCCCGAGUACACGUGACCUUUCAAACUGGGUCGAUGAUUUCACAAAUGAGUGGGUUAUCUACCGCAAAACUACGUACUUUGACGAGCUGCGGUUGGCGGUUUUUAGCGGUAUUGAGUUAGAGGGAUACUCAGCGAGAGAAGGUGCAACAGGAACAGAAGUUUCAAAGACGCGGGAUAAGAAAGAGCUGAAGGCUUCUGAUUCUAAUGAUGAAUGGAACUGGAAUGAUGAAGAAGAUCACAAUAAUGAGGACGACAAGUCUCAGCCUAGUGAGAAAGGGAAUUCUUAUAACGAUGACCAAGCUGAGGAGGAUUCCUGGGGCUGGGGUGAAGAAGGCGAUGAAGGUGAUGUGAAACAGAAAACCUUUGACAUUCCUCAAUCGAGAGAUGAUUCUCAAGCAUUAGAAACAAGUCAAGAACAGCUGACUUUCUUGACUAAAAUGACUAUUUCGACGAAUGUCAACGCCAUAGCGCGAAUAAUAGAAAAGUUUGCAGCUGAAGUCAUGGAUCAGACCACUUCUCUCACAAACCACGUGUCUGAUAUUGUAGACCUAUAUCAAUCUCUUUUACCACUUAUAUACAACACCUCCGUUCCCAGUCCUUUGAUCAUCUCGUACAAUGACCUUGUAGCAUUAGCAACCGAAGCAGAAACUGGCUCAAUUCCCCACGUUUCAGAGAAAACUACAGAACAGCUUAAGCAGCUGGCGAAUGCGCAACUUACAAAGGUGCUAGAAGAGAGCCAGUCCAAAAUUUUAUCAUAUUUGACAAAGGCAAACAGAUUUGAGGAUUGCACUGGAGAAAAUCUAGAAAGCAGUGAGCUGGCUAUUGCGGGCGUGAUGGGAUUUAUGAGAAAUCGUGCGGAGGAGUGGAAGCAAUAUACGAGCUAUCCGGUUACUGUUCAACUUUUAGGAAGCGUGUUAGAGACCGCGGUUGCAGCGAUUAUUGAAGCAAUUGAGUCGCACCAGGAUAUUUCAGAGGAAGAGUCGGUUCAACUAUCUAAUAUCAUCACAACCAUUACCACCCUUGAAGAGAUAUUUGAUAACCCUCAGGUAGAGCGUAAGGAGGGCCAGAGCUUUGCUGCCUUCUAUGUCCCGUCGUGGAUCAAGUUUCAAUAUUUGAAUGAAAUUUUACAGAGUAAGCUAGCUGACAUAACGUAUAUGCACAGCAAUGGCGCUUUGGUAGAUUUCAGUUCAUCUGAGUUGACCAGACUGAUAAAGGCAUUAUUCGUGGACUCGGAAUAUCGCCGUAGGGCAAUCGACGAGGUAUCUGGGCUCUAG